AUGUCCAAGUUACAAUUUUGCAUUACCGUACUUAUCAUUGUACCUAGUGUACUAGCAAAUAAUGAUACAUUAAUUAAAAUAAACGUAUUGGAAAAGAAAAAAGAUGAUCUUUUUAAAAAGAUCAAUGAAGUGAUAGAUAUAAAUGUGGGUUCUCUAAAAAAUGCUAACGAAUCGGAGGCUCUGCUUGCUGUCAGGUACUUAAAGACCGUAAAGGAAAACAUAAAUCUUAACGAUUCAGACAUAAGAGAUGUAACAAUAACUAGUGAAGAGAUUAACGAUGGUGACAGUUUCCGACGAAAAGCGAAAACAAAGAAAACUCGAGAUGACUUCAUCAAUGACUUAGAGAAAAUAUUGAAGCCAAAGCACGUCUCUGAUCAGAAAUUAAAACAAAUAAUCGACAAUCGUGAAGUCAUCAAAAAGAAAUUGGACGAUUGGAUUCUAGAGCGGCAGAAAGAAAGGGAAAAAAUAAGAAAGUAUAGAUGGCAAGCGAAGUACCUCCAGCGUACGGGUAAAAUGGAGAAAUGCCCACGUUUCGGUUAUACGGGGAGGAAGAAGAAGAAGAAGGAGGACUACGCUAGCUGUAAGAAAAGGUAUAAAGAAAAAUAUGACAGAUACUGUAAGCCAGACCGAAAAACGACAAUAAAGGUAAGACGGACGCCAUCUAGCGGAAGAAAGAAGUAUCCAUGUUGUAGAAAGUGCUGUAAGAAAUCCUAUAUGGGCUGUCUUUAA